GAUACUGCAGUACAAAGCACCUGUUGCCUCUGUCUCGCUCUUUAUUGGCAUCACUCAGGACUGUAAAGCUGUAGCUACUAUUACUGUUAACUCUACCAGUGUGUGUACUCUACUGUCUUGUGGAAUCUUGGAUAUUAUUGCAUACUGCGUCUUCAGAGAUACUCUACCAGAGAAUAACUAUGACUCUAUCACUGAACUCCAUCCCGGCUCUCACCAUCAUCACACUCUGUGUGCUCCUGCAGGAGGGUUUUGGGCUCCCUGUAUCCAGCCAGCCUGAGCUCCCUGCCCAGUCCCCGUCCCAGAACAGCCCACACCACACCAGGGUUAAACGAUGCUCCUGCAGUAACUGGCUGGACAACGAAUGCAUCUACUUCUGUCACCUGGACAUCAUUUGGGUCAACACUCCCAAUAAGGUUAUCCCCUAUGGUCUUGGCAGCCCCCUGUCCCGACGUCGCCGCUCUACCGGGCGAUGUGAAUGUGCCCACCCAGCCGACACGACCUGCUCCAGAUUCUGCCACAACAGCUCAGAGAAGCACAGAUUCGUAGUGGUAGGCCCCUCAGACCAGACCCUGGACCAGACUGUAAGCAGUCCAGACACAACCAGCAACGACCUACUGACCUCUCUCAGAAACAUGGUUCGAUCCAACAUGGCUACCAUAGAGAAGGGUUCUCCCUCCAGGAAGAAGAAUGCCUCCAGAGCCAACAGACUGAACACCAGGUAGACGAGGAGGAGGGAAGAAGAGGAGCUUGAAUAGCUCCAGUGCAUUCGAACAAAGACCUCCUGGAGGAGUCUAGGGAGUCCUCCCCCGGGAAGACAGAGAGGUCCUGAGAGGAGAGGCCCUGAGAAGAGGGCAAAGAUGGAACACUGCCCAAUGGCUGCCUGCUGAUUGUUGUAUACCACACAGUGGACUGGAUAUGGAUAUUAUCUGGAUAUAAAUCUUGGACUAAUCUAGCUAAGAGUCUGGCUUAGAAGACUAGGGAGGUUUAAGUGUGUCCUCUGUGAACUGUGACAGUCUGGACUAGAAUGGUUACUGACUGUGUGCUGGUCAUGGGUUGUCAUCAUGUUCUAAACAGAAAUACACGUUCUGUGUCUGAGCACAUGAAAUGGGUGGAUGCAAGUCAAGGCAUUCUGGAGUGAUGUUUGCCUAUGUUUACUUUACAGGCUUACUUCAUUAGUGCCUUGAAAAUAUUGACCACUAUUGUCAUUUGGAUUUUGAUCCUUACUUUACCUGUCGCACGACAUCUACUAUAUCAUAGAAUAAAAAUCUAAAUAUGAUCCUCUGUAUCAGAGAUGAAUUCCCAGUUUAUAGUGAUUGCCAUGCAUGCAUUCAAAUGACUUGAAAUACAUUUGACACAUGAAGGACGUGACUUUAAGGAACAGGGAAUUACUAUACACACAGCCUUCCUGUAGCAGCAGAUAAAAGCAGGUCUAUUGUGAUGGCGGACGUAUUUAUUGCAUACUGUAGCCACUGUUGAUUGUUUUGAUUGUAGACAGAGUGAAGGCAGCAGGUUUCAAUGGGUCUGCUCCUUGCCAAAUAUGCAGUGAUUGUAUUUCUGCUAUCAACAAAUGUCCAUUAAAUGUCAAUGUCAUUACCCAUUAGGAAAUGAUGACACUGGACUGUUGUUCUAAUGCCUUCAAAGGAAUGGGUUUUUAUGUCCAGUAGACUUUAGAUGGGUUGGGCUGAUUGCUGAACUCCAGCCACUGUCUGACCAUAAUGCAUUUACUGGAAACACUACAUCAAAAACAAGUCUUCCACUGAUGUUCAAGUCCAAUAUCACAAUGCUGUGUAUUUAUGAUAUUAUUUAUUUAUUUAUUUAUUUGUGUGUUGUUUAGAUGGGUUGGGUUUAGAGCAAUUUGUGUAUCAAAAUGCUGGACUGUGCUUUUGUUUUAUGAACUGUUGUUAUCCCUAGAAGGACAAUUCACCCUCAAUAGUCUGUUUAGCAGUCAAGGACACCAUAGGAAAUGUUUACCCAUGAAUUGUUCUAUUCCAAGCUAUUCAUAUUAUCUACUGUACAUGCACAAAACUCAGAAAUUAUUUAUUUAACUUAUUUGUGGGGUAUAUUUAUAUAUUUGUGUUGUGUGAGUUUAUCACUUUUAAUAUGUGAGGAAAUAAAUACUAAAAUGAA